CAAAUCACCUAACCCUGAGUGGUUUCUAGCGGCUGCCGAGAAAGAAGGAAAAAAAAAUACAACGGAAGGUUAAUGGAGAUCGAGAGGAAAGGAAGCUGGGCUAGCGGUGACGGAAGCGAAGCGGGUCGGGAGGCGGUGGCGUGGGCUCUUGCUUGGCCCACUGCCGCCUACAAUGAGAGCAGCUUGCUUGCGGAGGCAGGUCAGCGUGGGCCCUUGGUUGCGAGGCGGCGGGAUCUUGGUGGCUACUAUGAGAGCAGCUUACUCGCUCUGCCGCUGCCAAGGGAUGCAGGACAUGCCAUCCCAAUGGGCCAGCAAAUGGACGUGUCUACUUCAAAUCUCCACUCCGCCAUGUGCUUGGUUAGAAGAAGAUUUAGACCAGCCUGCUUGUUAAGUUCAGGCGGUAGCAGAGGUGCUUGCUUAGAAGAAGCUCUACACCACACCAGCCUCUUGGUACCCUCCACCCGCUACUACGAGAGGUGCUAGCUUAAGCAAGGAGGUGAUUUAAGCAUGGCCAUCAUUACAUGGCUGUCUGACCCAAAGAAGGAGGUGAUUUAAGUUAGCAGGACCAUUAUCGGUGUGCAGGUGGACGAGGGCACUACGUUAGCCACCUGCUUAAGCAAGCAGGAGACGGGCCGUGAGCGAUUAAGCAAGCAGGAGGCAUAAAGGUUAGAGCCGCGU